AAAUACGCUCUGGACUGUAAAAGGCACUGACAGUCGAUGACGUACGUUUGCUCCUUCCUUACCAUUCUCGGCAGGUUCUCCUAACCCGUCACACGUCAGAGCUGUUAGGUUAAGGACGUCAGCGUCAGCGUUAGCUUCGUGGAUAGGGAUGUUAGUAAUUACACGAUCCUAGCGAUUAAGUUGACUAGACUACAGUGAUUCUAUCGACUUGGUUCCUUGUUCGGCGUAGAUUAUGUUUUAGAUGCCGACCAUCAAGUGACAGCAUCGCACCCGUCGGUGUUCGACCGCGAGAAUAAUGACAAGUCCAUGACGAGUUAGGGUUAGUCACAGUUUGUCCACAAUCUCCAGCCAUGGCUUCCGAUCAUCUACGAAGACGGAAACUUGUAGUUAUAUUUUUGCUCAGCGCGAAACGUCCCCGGACUUUCUUAAUUUCUUCAUUCAUUGUCUUCCUAAUAAUAGCCACCCUCGUAUCGCGCGUAGAUUCAUUCUCCUUCCACAUCUCUCAUCAUACCCAUCGACCAACCUCCGUAAAAUACGUCCGAGCCUCUUCACGAGGCUCGUCCCGAACCUCGUCACAACCGUUGCAAUCCUCCAGGCUUGUGCGAUCGCUGCACGAAAACGACACUAGAUGGCCCCCGCCGGUCAUAUCCGUUCUGCAUUUUUCAGGCGCUGUUCCCUUCGAGCCCAAUCCGACGGACCAGAUGUCGCCACGUGGGCUGACGGAGAUGCAAUCGCGGCUUCAUGGAAGCAUCCGCACUGACGGUUAUUACUCCGUGGACGUGUGGAUCGGGUCGCCGCCGCGCAAGUUUUCUCUCAUGGUUGACACCGGCAGCGCGCUCACCAUCGUGCCAUGCGCCUCCUGCUCGCCGUGCGGUGCUCAUAUGAAUCCCCCCUAUUCCCCCGCCGCCUCCUCCUCCUACCUCCCCGUGGCCUGCCGCGCGGCCCCCUGCGCGGGGCACCGCUGCGACCGCCAGCAGCGGUGCGCGUACUCGCGGAGAUACGCGGAGCAGAGCACCAGCGACGGCUUCCUCUCCUCCGACCUCAUCUCCUUCUCCCCUCCCCCUCUCGCGCCCUCCGCCGGCGGCUCUUCCGCCGCCUCCGCCAGUGAGGAGCGCUCUUCCGCCCGCUCCUUCUCCCCGCCUUCCGCUUCUUCCAACUUCUCGUUCUUUUCCUGGUGGUGGUGGCCGUUUUCCCCCUCUCCUUCCGCCGCUUCCGCCUCAUCCUCUUCUUCUCCCCCUUCCCCCUCUGCCCCUGCGCAAGCUUCCUCCAUUUCCUCCUCCGCUUCCGCUUCUUCCUCGUUCUCCCCCACUUCCGCGCAAGUCCAUUCCCCCAUCCCGGCCCCCGUUUCCCCCCUUCCGCGCGUUCUGUUCGGGUGCGCGGAGGCGGAAACGGGCGCGCUAUCCCGCCAGACGGCGGACGGCGUGCUAGGGCUGGGCCGGGGGGCCUACAGCCUGCUGGCGCAACUCGUGGGCGCGCGCGCAGUAGCCGCGGAGGUCUUUUCCAUCUGCUACGGCGGAGGGGGAGGCGCAGCGGAAACCGCGGACAGGGAUCCGCGGGGUGGCGCGGGCAAGGGGGCGAGGCGGUUGGGGGGGGAGCGGGGGGCGAUGAUCAUGGGGCCUGUGGGGCUCCGCGCGCCUGCCGUGAUGCAGUACACGGGGUUCGACCGCAUGCGCAUGGGCACGCCCUUCUACCAGGUGGUGGUGCACCAAUUCCUCGUGGCAGGCGACCCCCUGGCAGUGGAGGACGCGCCCCUGCUGUUCGCGAGCGGGUACGGCGUCGUGGUGGACAGCGGCACCACCUUCUCGUACCUGCCCUCGCCGCUCUUUGAGGCCUUCAAGCGCAGCGUGGUGUCGAGAGUAGCCAGGGGCGUGCGCAUGCUCACGGAUACAGAGCCGCAGUACCAGGGCAUGUGCUUCCGCUCCACGUCUUGGACUGCCCUGCAAGCCUCCACGCUUUCCUCCUUCUUCCCCUCGGUGGAGGUGGUGUUCGGGGAAGGCGCUGUCUACCGGCUGGACCCGGAGAACUUCCUCUUCCAGCACCGCAAGCGCACAGGCGUCUUCUGCAUCGGGGUGUUUCCUAACCCGGACCAGGGGACCAUACUAGGCGGCCUCAUGUUCCGCAACACCAUGUUGACCUUUGACCUGGUCAACGACCGCCUUGGCUUCUGGAAGGCCCCCUGCGACCAGCUCAUGACCUACAUUGUCACACCCGGCGCUCCAGGCUCGGAACCAGGUCUGGAGCCAGGUUCGGAGACAGGUUCGGAUUCAGUCUCGGGGUUGGGGCCUGCCGGGGGAGGAGGGAAUCCGGUACGGAGGGGAAGGGAUCCCCGGGACCCUUACGGAGUCCCAGCCGAGCAGGCUCGGGCAGGCAGAGGCUCGGCAGCAGACUCGGGGCCAGGCGUGGAUGAGACCACAAGGGAUGUGACUAUAGACAGCAGCAGCAGCAGCAGCAGCAGCAGAAGCAGCAGCAGCAGCAGCAGCAGCAGCAGCGUUGUCAGCAAGCACAAGCGAGCUCCAGACGCGGUGGCAGCGGGUAGCAACAGUGACGACGACCUGGCGAUGGUGUGGGCGGUGGCAGACGCCAUGCCCUCGUACCGACCCGUGGACUCCUCCAAGUGUGCGGGGUGCGCCAGCCACGUGGACAUGGAGCUGAGAUUCCCCGUGCUGUCGAGUGGUCAGCUGGACACUUUAGAGGGGCAGCUGACGGACGAACUCAUACGGGAACUGGUGCUGGAGCCAGGGCAGGUUGUGAUCCAGAGUGUGUGGGGCACGAGUCCCAGCGGGGCAGCAGCGGAGAUAUGGCUCGUACCCUAUGCAGGCACCACGUUCCUGCCGGCGGUCACGGUGCAGCGCGUGGAAACCACCAUCCACCAGCACGAAAUGCGCCUCUCUGCCGCCUUCGGGCCGUACAACCUGACGUCCUUCAACGCCCCACCUCCCGACUUCUCGAGCAGCGCUGCUCCAUCUCAGUCCAAGCCGCAAGUGCGCUGGCUGUGGUUCUUGGUGGCCAUCCCGCUCUUCCUGCUCUGUGUUGCUGCCGCUGUCUGGUUCCGGGUGGGACGGAAGGAAGGGGAGGGUGACGUGGCAGGGAGAAAACGCUUUGUGAUGGUGGGGAGGAGGUUGCAGCAGGAGGCAUUGGAGAAUGAGAGGAGCGAGAGGAGUGAGAGGCUCGAGAGGCACGAGAGAAUAGAGCGGUUUGAGCGGCAUAGUAAGGUUAUUGGGAUGACGAGUCAAGAGCCGCGAACAUCGCCUAAACAAGUGGUGCUUGGGUUUGGGUUGAUGAGUGGGAGUGUACAUUGAUUUAAAGAUACAUGUAAAAUGUGCUGCCAAUUUGUAAAGCUACAGGUAGUUAUCAUUGGACUUGUUUUGCUUGAUGAAUUUUUCUUGUGAAGCUUAUCCAUCGAUGUAUAGAUUCACGGGACUGCCUGUAUAUCCUUG